AUGUCCACCUUGUCCACCUUGUCCACCUUGUCCGGCUUUGGCUACCUUGUUGGCCACCUUGCCCACCUUGCCCACCUUGGAGUGUCACAAUCAUCGACUUCAAGGGUCACCGAAAGCCAAGGGUCACCCAAGGUCACACCUACCCAGUCUAGGCCAGCACGACCCGCCCUUGGCGCACUCGUAGCCAAUCACCGGCGUCCCAGCUUCGUGUCCUGGCGUUCCCAGGACGAGGGCUCGGGCCUCGGGAUGUUCUGCUUCUGGCAUCAUGGCCCUGGCCGAUGCUUUGGAUCCCUUCCACUACCCUUAGGACCCUUUGCAAACGUGUAUUUGAGCCCUGGUCUGAACCUACUGAAUCUAUCACUUAUCAGACGGGGCUCCCAGACCGUUUCCCCUAGACGAAGGACCCAAAACGUCGCUUCCCGCAAAGUCUGCCGACUCCACGCCGACGCUGUGCCGGGCUCGUCCUGCCCUUAUCCGCACGCCUUGCAGUCAAGGCGCGAGAAUGGCUUCAGGUAG